AUGUCUCAACAACCACAACCUCACAAGCCCUAUACUGAAGCUGACGUGCAGCUUGCCCUCUCUGACAUUAAAUGCGACCAGAUUACAAGCCUGCGACGUGCUGAGGCAGUCUACAGCGUUCCUUGUAGGAUGAUACAACAACAACGUGACGGGAAGCCCUCUAGAUGCGACUGCGAGCCCAGAUCAAAGCGCCUGACAAAGCUAGAAGAGGAG